GAAGAAGAAGAAAACGAACAACGAAGAAGAAGGGGGACAACGUCGACGACGAAGUAGCAUCGCAGCUAACGCAACCCUGACGCGUUACCUGCAUUCAUAUUAGCACUGUAAACUGGUUGUCAAGGCGGGAACGUUUUGAUCAUAUUUUUAACGAGCUCUUCAUGCUCUCUGUGCUACAAAAUCGUAAUCCCAAAGACUCUAAAGGCGAGGAAUUCGCUAAAUCGGGGGAGAUGAUGGAGCUGGAUGAUCAGCUGGAGGUGACCAUGUCACAGUCUGAAGAAACCUGUGUAAAGAGGGGAAGGUUUGAGUUUGAAAACCUCCCUGAACCUCAAUGUGAUUUGGGUCCUUCCACAAGUGGCUUUCCGUGCAAAAGGACGCGUUUGGAAUACGGAUUAUCGAAAAGAGUGGAGGUGUCGUUGGUCAGGCUUCCCGAUUACAAGAUCAGUGCUCUUCGACCGCCGACGCCGUCGCAGUUUUACAGCGAAGAUGAAUCUCAGAGCAGUUCGGAUUCCGAUAGGGAGCAAUUUGACGAAUCCAUUGGUUCAAAUCAUCCAUCGGCCAAAAGUUCGAAAGCCCAGAAGAAAAAUAAAGUCAACAAUAUUGAUCACACGCCCAUCAUCGAUUCAUCAGCGUUUGCCUACGUGCCUCAAGAAACGACCAAAAUUCGUCCCGAUCUGCCUGAGGAGGAAAUCACGGUGGGCUCGACGGUACUAGCCAGGAAGAAGAACUUGAGGUGGCAACGGGGGCAAAUUGUGGACGUGGUUACGAAAGAAGACGGGCGACUCAAGUACAAGAUUAUGUUUGACGAAAAGGGGAGGAGCCUGGUGUCGGGACACCACAUUGCUUUUGAGGUCACCCCGAGGCUGGAGCAGGUGUACGUCGGGGCUCGCGUGGUGGUCUCCUGUCAGGAGGACACGGCUCAGUUCCGAGCCGGCAUCUUGGCGGAGCUCCCCAGCAGGAAGAACCGACUCAGGUUUUUGGUGUUCCUGGACAACCACAGACCCAUCUAUGUCGGCUUAACCUUAUUUUACCUGGUGUGCAGACCAUUGCCAGACCCCACGGACGACAUUCAGGACGACACUCACAAGCGUUUUAUGAAGCAGUACAUCAGGGACUGGCCGUACCCUCACUUGACUCAGUACAAGCCCGGUCAGAACGCCUCGGUGGAGUUCAACGGAGUCCAGCUUAGGUGCAAGGUGGAGAUGGUGGACUCCAGCUUGAUCAUGGUGGCUUCUGAGUGUAAUCAGCAUAAAGAGUGGAUUCACCGCGGCUCCAUUCGGCUGUCGCAUAUGCCGAGGUUCUUGGAACUGAGGAGAAGAGAAGCUGAGGCAGGUGAACAGUAAUGUGGGCUCCUUCGUCAUUGUAACAAGACAUCAAAUUUCUCUGGAAAACUUUUUUUGUUUUUGUUUUUGUGGGGGCGGAGCAGAAUUGGCUUAAUUGACUUGGAUUUCCCGCCCGUGAAUUGUACACAUUUCUCGGGUGGAUUGCUAUGAUUCCAAUUUAAACAACCAUUAAAAACAACACUUUUCAGUGUUUUCAUUUUUCCCCGACCAGUAUCACUUGUGUACAGUACAUGGUUAUUCAUGAGCAGCUCUGUUUUAGACAUCAACGACUUGCAUUCGUUUUGAGGCGAUAACAAGAGAGGUUAGCGCAUCUUCAGAAGUGUUUGGUUGUUUUCCUUGAGCCACACGAGUUCGGGCGGAGAUCAAGACGAAUGUUCUCUUGUCGAUCAGAAAGAAAAAUAGGUCAAAUGUGAGAUGGAGCAACCUUGGUUUACAAAUGACCCUUCUUGGAAGAUUUCAGUUUUACGAAUGUUUUCAAAGAAAAAUGACCCCUGUUCGUUUAUUUUAUUUUACUUUUUCAUGGGUUUACAAAGCGUCUUGGCAUUGCUGCAGAGGUGUUCUGCUUGUGCCAUAUUAACAUCCAUCAAUUGCAAGAUGUGGAAGAUAUCAAUGUUUCUCAAAGGGACCAGAAUUUGCAAUGUUGGUAUUUUAGCAAGAAUCAUGAAGUCGACGCACAUUGUUUUGUUUUUGCGGGCCGCACAAAAUGAGAUCAGGCCUCGAGUUUGACACCAAUGUUCAUCUCAGUGAAAACUGCAAGCGGCCAACAUGAACGGCAAGCGAAAAAGCACAUUGCGGAUGUGAUUUGCUCGUCAACGCACCGCAUUAUUUCUUUAGAGUUGUGCUUUCAUUUAGUUCUCUAUUGUACAGUAUUUAUUUUGAACCGGGUUAAGUUGCUUCUGGGGCUAGAACGGUUGAAUCUCGUUUCCAUUGAUCUCGAUGGGAAACAUUGCGCAAAUAGUCAGUGAACGGAUUACAUUUGUAAGCCAAGGUUGCCCUGCAUUUGAAGUAUUUUAUGAUGUUUUUAGUUGCUACAUUUUGCAAAUUGUACAAAAACGGCUUCAAUUUGACUUGUACGCAGUUGUUGUUCCUUUCUUAUCAAUGCUAUGACUAGUUUCGCGUAUGCCGCGGCAUUUACGGUAUCUUAAUAAAAUGAUAAAAGUCA